ACAAUCGAUAUUUUCAGUAGGUGCAUGCUGGCUAGAAGUAAUUUGGAAAAUUUGUUACAAAACAUAGGAUAAUAUAGAAAAAUACGGAAAUAGUUUAACAUUAACAAUGCAUGCAAUCAAGCAAGUGCAUCUACUCGCCAACUUAAAAAAUGUUGUAUUUAAAACUUCAGUCAGAAAUGCCGCUAUCAAGGGUGUAACAUUGGAGUAUGAUAAAGAUCCCCAGCCAUUAUUUACCGAUCCGGAAACCCAAAAGUUACUUAAAUCGGUAACACAGCUACAGAUUGAAAAGGUGUUUCGAAAGGCUACAGUUCAAAAACUUUCCUCGGAAUACAAAUUCAUGACGACCGAAGAGUUGGAAGAUGAAUUUCAAAGAACAAUUGAAAGAGCAAAGGCAAAGCUUCAAAUGCCACCAGUGGUUAAAGUAAAGGAUGACACACAAAAAAUUAUUUCCGAAGACAAGGCCUUAAAAGGAUUCUCCGAUACGAAAUAUGUAAUAACCGAUAUUAGUUUUGGCAUUAAGCCAACUGAAAGAAAAGUUGUAGUACGUGAGACGGAUGGUACACUGCGUUAUGCACCCAUGGAUGUGGCGAAACGAAUGAAGCAGUUAUACGUGCCUUUGCCGGGACGAAAAAUUCGAACACCAAAGAUGUUUGAAGAUGAGCAUUUCCAACGUUGCUUGGACGAGCAUAAAUAUGAAUUCAUUUUGGAUCGCUUGGUUGUACAGUACGAACCCUAUGAAGCCGACUAUCACCGACUGUGCAGCAAGGUCUAUCAGCAUUUAAAUGAAACCAAAGAGUUCGAUAAAUUGCGUUCCACCCGCCAUUUUGGGCCCAUGGCAUUUUUCUAUACAUGGCACAAGUGCAUUGAUGAUCUUCUAUAUGAUAUGAUUCGACGAGAUUAUUUGCGCAAUGCUGCCGAAUUAAUUGCUCUGUAUUACAAAAUCCAUAACGUUUCUGAAAAUUAUGGUGAAUUGUUGCAGAAACUUGAUCAGUACACGUCAAUGGAGGACAGUGCAUUGAAGACAUUGAGGAAUCCCUUGAGGAAAGCGUUGGAUAAUGGAGACAUUCAUGAAGAAAUUGAGACAGCAAUUGGUAAAUCUUCCAAAGAUUUCGAAAUUGACGAAAUGUGUCUGGGUUUCAUUGAACAUUUUAUAAGCACACAUGCCCUGAAAAAGGUUCAGUUGGAAUUGGCUGUACAAACAUUGAAGGAAAUCAAUGCCGAAAAGAAACAAUUGUACGAAGGUUUGAGCAAAGCUCAUGGAGUUCAGAGUAAUUAACAGACUCAAAAAUAUAUGAUUAAAAUUGUUGAAAAUAAAAUGAUAAAAUAACGAAAA